AUGUUACAGUUUAAUUAUUUGAAUUCUAUAUGUCUCUAUAGAUAUGUGACAGUAUGUUGUGUUUUGCAGGGUCUGGGAUCUGAUGAAGAGAGUCUUACUGAGAUGAUGUGCUCUCGCAAUAAUGUGGAGCUAGUGGAGAUCAAGAAAGUUUAUAGAGAAAUGUUUAAGAAGGAAUUAGAGAAAGAUGUGUCUGGAGACACAUCUGGAGAUUUCGCUAAGAUGCUGCUGGCCCUUGCACAGGCCAAGAGGAACGAGCCAAGUAAUGUGGUGGACUAUGAGAAGAUUGAAAAUGAUGCAAGAGCUCUUUACGAAGCUGGAGUGAAUAGAAAAGGAACUGAUGUGAUGACCUGGAUAUCAAUAUUUUCCGAGAGGAGUGUCCCACACCUGCAGAAAGUGUUCGAAAGGUAUAAGAGAUACAGCCCAUAUGAAAUAAAGGAGAGCAUUCGAAAGGAGGUGAAGGGAGAUCUGGAAAAAUCCUUUCUCACAUUGGGUGCUUAUCAGCUUUGCUUGGAGAACAAACAUCUAUACUUUGCCAGCAGACUCAAUGACGCCAUGAAGAGUAAAAGCAUGAAAGAGAAAGUAGUAACCCGCAUCAUCGUCUCCCGCUGUGAAGUUGUUCUCAUGAAGAUCCGUGCAGAGUUUAAGAGGAGUUUUGGAAAAUCUCUGUACCAGACAAUUUCAGAGCACACUAAGGGUGACUACCAGAGAGCUCUACUCAAUCUAUGUAGUGGAGAUGAUUAAACAUGAUUUAUAAUCUUCUGCUGCAGAUGACUAGAGCUUCCAGCACCGGAAAAAUUCCUACUCUCUGAGAAAACGAACUCCUUCCUAACUCUCAAUUAGCAAAAAAUGCAGUAUUAUUGGCAUACUUUGUGUUUGAUUGUUCCAUUAUGAUUGAUGUUAUUGCUAUAAGUAAUUAAACUGGUAAUAUAAUACUUAACAAAGGAAAAUAGUAAAUU